AACCAAUGCUGCUACACUCUACCUUCUCCUUCAAUGGUACCAUUGUUAAUGACUAUAAAUAUUCUCUGCUAUACUGCUUUUGCACUCUCACCUAACUAAUUUUCCUUUAAUCCUGCUACAUUUCAAGUACCAUAAACUUUACAGGCUUCUGAGAGAAACAGAAAGAGAAUUAUGGUGUUCCCAUUGGUGCUCCUAAGGCUUGCAAAAUGGCUCUUGUACCAUGUGCUUGUUAACUCAUGUUAUAAAGCAGCAAGGAAAAUAAAGAGUCAUGUGUUUCAUUUGAGUCAUCAUGAGUCAUCAAAACCACUUCAGAAACCUUCAUCUUCCCCUAGCACUGUAAAAUUUGAUUUGGUUGCUUGUGACAUUCAUGGGGUGAUCUUAAGAUCCUAUAAUUCAUUCUUUCCCUAUUUCAUGUUAGUUGCCUUUGAAGGUGGCAGCAUUUUCAGAGCACUUCUAUUACUCUGUUCCUGUCCUGUCCUGUGGAUUUUAAACUAUGAACUGAAGCUUAAGGUCAUGAUCUUCAUCUCAUUUUGUGGGCUCAGAAUAAAGGACAUGGACAUGGCUGCAAGGGUAGUUUUGCCAAAGUUUUACAUGGAGAAUCUCAACCUUCAGGCUUAUGAGAUUCUGGCUUCUGCAGGGACUAGAGUUUUCUUCUCUGCUGUACCUAGAAUGAUGGUUGAAGGAUUUCUCAAGGAAUAUUUGAAUGCUGAUGAUGUUAUUGCUACAGAGUUGCACACUGUUGGCUGUUACUUCACUGGUUUGCUCUCUGGGAAAGGUUUGAUUGUGAAGCAUAGUGCUCUCAAGGAUUAUUUUGGUGAUAAAAAGCCUGACAUAGGGAUUGUUAGCUCAAGUGUUCAUGAUCAGGUUUUUAUCUCUCAUUGCAAGGAAGCUUAUGUGGUGAACAAUGAAGAGUGUGAUCCAGGCUCAGUUAUGCUAUUGCCAAGGGAAAAAUACCCAAAGCCUGUGAUAUUUCAUGAUGGAAGGCUAGCAUUCUUUCCUACUCCUUCAGCAACACUUUGCAUGUUCAUUUGGCUCCCAAUUGGAGUUCUUUUAGCCAUUUACAGAAUGCUUCUGGGAAUUUUCCUAUGUCACAAAUGGACAUUAGCAUUAGUAAUAUGGAGUGGCAUAGAUCUGAAUGUCAAAGACUGUAGCAACCCUCAAAGAUCAGAGAAAGGGGUCCUCUAUGUUUGCACACACAGGACCCUCUUGGAUCCUGUUUUUCUUAGCUUGUGUUUGGGGAAGCCUCUAACUGCUGUCACAUACAGCUUAAGUAAAGUUUCAGAGUUCAUAUCACCAAUUAGGACAAUGAGAUUGACAAGGGACAGAGAAAAAGAUAGGGAAACCAUGCAGAAGCUGCUUAGUGAAGGGGAUUUGGUGGUGUGCCCUGAAGGAACAACUUGCAGGGAGCCAUAUUUGUUAAGGUUCAGUUCUCUUUUUGCAGAAUUGGCUGAUGUGGUUGUCCCUGUUGCUGUUAAUGUUCAUGUGAGCAUGUUCUAUGGGACCACAGCUAGUGGGUUGAAGUGCUUGGACCCACUUUUCUUUUUCAUGAAUCCAAGGCCUAGUUAUCACAUUGAGAUACUUGGAAAGGUUCCUGAGGAACACACAUGUGGUGGUGGAGAGUGUGCUUAUGAAGUGGCAAACUAUAUCCAGAGACAGUUGGGUGAUGCUUUGGGAUUUGACUGCACCAACCUUACAAGGAAGGAUAAAUAUAUGAUGCUGGCUGGGAAUGAAGGAGUUGUUCAAGAAAAAGAGAGCGGCCUAAAGCCUAAGUUUCCAACAACCCAAACCGCACGCAACAACGGAGAAAGGGACGGAGAAAGGGAGACGUCAACCGUCUGACAACGACGAAACAACCUAAGAGGGAAAGUUUUCGACUUUCGCUACCUCCUAACAUGCAACUAUGCAAUACAAGAAGAAAAUGAGAAGAACGAAGA